AUGGGUCAAGGCUAUUCCCUCACGACCCUUUCGGUGGGCUCGGCGGGGAUCGAUAUCCCGGAGCUAUCAGACCUGACAUAUGAGAAGUCCAUGGGCGGCGGCAGGUUCAUGAAAAGCAUUCGAGCGAGGCAAAAAAAUGGCCUGGUCGUUGUAAAGGUAAUAAUGAAGCCGUAUGCCAGUAUGAAACUGGAGCCAUACGUCAGAGCCAUCAUUCGCGAACGCAAGCUAUUAUCGGAUGUUCCGAACGCACUUGGUUCCCAGCGAAUACUUGAAACGAGUACUGGUGGGUAUCUCGUCCGCCAAUACAUCCACAGUUCGCUGUAUGAUCGGAUGAGUACUCGGCCCUUUCCGGAAAAUAUCGAAAAGAAAUGGAUUGCUUUUCAACUGCUCUGUGCUCUCCGGGAUUGCCACGCGCUGGACGUGUUCCAUGGCGAUAUCAAGACAGAGAAUGUCUUAGUCACCUCCUGGAAUUGGGUGUAUCUCUCUGAUUUCUCCUCUUCGUUCAAACCUACUUUUCUUCCAGAGGACAACCCUGCCGACUUCUCAUUUUACUUUGAUACAUCAGGGCGACGAACCUGCUACCUCGCCCCGGAAAGAUUCCUCGUGGCGGGAGAAGAACCGGGCAGCAGGAACGUGAAUUGGGCUAUGGAUAUAUUCAGCGCUGGCUGUGUUAUUGCAGAGCUAUUCCUAGAAGCGCCUAUCUUCAACCUGAGCCAAAUCUACAAGUAUCGGAAAGGAGAAUACAGUCCCGAACACAGUCAGAUAGCGAAGAUCGAGGAUCCUGAAAUCCGUGCCUUGAUCCUUCACAUGAUCCAGCUUGAUCCGGAAGCAAGAUACUCAGCUGAGGAAUACCUGAACUUUUGGAAGAUCAAGGCAUUCCCCGAAUACUUUUACAGUUUCCUGCACCAGUACAUGUCGCUUAUGACCGACCCAUCCUCCGGGAGAACCCAGGUGGAAGCCGGCUCAGCAAAUCGAGGAGAGGCCGACGACAGGAUAGCGAGGGUAUUCCUUGAUUUCGAUAAAAUAUCCUAUUUUCUAGGCGCAACUCCCAAAGCCGGCAAAGAUGGCUCUGCUUGCACAACAUCUAGGCUUACAAGCGGUACUUUCCCCGUUGAACUGGACUUGCCACGCUACGAAUACCAGAGUUCGAAGGCUCAAGCGCCAGUUGACGAUGGCGUGCUGAUCUUCUUAACCCUCGUCGUCUCUAGUCUCCGCAAUACCUCUAAAUCGUCCGCCCGGAUUAGGGCUUGCGACGUUCUUCUUGCCUUUGCCGAGAGAUUAUCCGACGAGGCCAAGUUGGAUCGCAUUCUCCCGUACAUCAUGGUUCUUCUAAACGACAAGACAGAUGCUGUCAAAAUUGCUGCAAUGCGCGCUCUCGCACGAUUACUAGAGAUGGUCCAGGUUGUGUCACCUCUCAAUGCACACUUGUAUCCGGAAUACCUUUUUCCGAGAAUGCAGCCGUUCAUCUCUAGCUCGAACUCCAGCCCCAGCCCGUCAGUUCGCGCUGCUUAUGCAUCGUGCAUCGCAUCAUUAGCGCUGUCGUCUCUCAGGUUCUUGGAUAUGAUUCAGGCCCUGCGCUCUGAUACGCGCCUAUCUACCCUGAUACCUGCGGGCUCUGAGCCAAGAUGGACUGAAGAUGCUACCUAUCACAAUCUUUACGACGUCGCGAGGCUAGAUCUUCUCGAUUACUUCGAAGCCCAUACGAAGGCACUGCUGACGGACACAGAUGCGUCUGUACGUCGCGCAUUUCUUGGGUCGGUGUCCAGCCUUUGUGCAUUCUUUGGAAAUUUAAAAACCAACGAAGUUAUAUUGAGUCACCUCAAUACAUAUCUAAAUGAUCGAGACUGGAUCCUCAAGUGCGCUUUCUUUGAGGCCGUGGUGGGUGUUGCUGCCUACGUUGGAAGUACGAGUCUGGAACAGUACAUCCUCCCACUGAUGGUGCAGUCGAUGACAGACCCGGAAGAGUUUGUCGUCGAGAGGGUCAUCAGGUCGCUUGCGGCUAUGGCUGAUCUUGGUCUUUUCCAGAGAUCAACCACCUGGGACCUCUUGCAUACCACAGUGCGUUUCCUAAUACAUCCAAACGUCUGGAUCCGAGAGGCAUCUGUCACCUUCGUUGUCAACUCCACGAAAUUUUUGUCCCCGGCUGAUAAGUAUUCUAUCCUUACACCCCUCGUGCGUCCCUUCUUGAAGGUGAAUAUAUUGAACUUUACCGAGGGAGACAUGCUCGAAGCUCUCAAAUCUCCGCUCCCGAAAGCUGUGUAUGAUUUAGCAUUUGUGUGGGUUUCGAAGACGGAGAAGGGCCUCUUUUGGAAAUCCAUCAAUCGAGACGGCGCUUCGGCCCUAGGUGCUAAUGACGGCCUGCUUCCGAAGAGAAGCCAACGAGCUUAUUCUCUGAGCGCCCAGCCUAAGAACGAAGAGGACGAACAAUGGAUUACCAGGUUGCGAAAUAUUGGUAUGGGAACAGAGGACGAGUCCAAGUUUCUCGCUCUUGGGGAGUAUAUCUGGAGAGUCUCAACACGCCAAACAAAAGAUAGUGAGGCCGCCGUGUAUCCCUUGAAUAAUGUCGUCGCCCUGAACGACUAUGGGGUCACACCUCAGACCGUGUUCUUUGAUAAGAAUCAAAACGUCAAGCCACGGAGGAAUUCGCUUGGGAAUAUCCAAACUCACCGGGCGGAAGAUCGCACGACACAUACUAUUACUGACGCAUUACUCGAUGCGUCGACCACAAUUGACAACACUCCAAACUCUCGCCGCCGACAUCCACGCACAAGAAGCAAUGUGCCAAAGGAUAUCGGGGUCGCAGUGGCUACUCCUCGGCAAAAUGCCAUAGACGUGCUCCGUGCCGAAAACUCACCCAGCUCUUCACCGUUGGCAUCAUCGCCGAGUGCAGCUCCAGGAUCUCGACCAAUGUCACCGCCAAGCUCAGAUGCUGAACGCAGAGCACAUGAGAGUAGACAGAGCCCGGGGCAAGAGAGCUCGUCAAACGAGACAGAAACCCUUGGCGUGAAACGAUUGAUGGCUGGAGUCCAGAAGAAGCCAAGCGCUAUAAGUUUACUCAGUCGAAGGGAUACGGCAAAAGCAUUCGCGGAAACGGGCACGAGCUCAGCCAAUGCAUUUGGACGGAUCGGUGCUCCGGCUCAGCAGGAUGCUAUUGAGCCGUCUACCUCGCCCGCUCCCCGAGAAAGAAAGCCACAUGAUUACCCGCUGCAACACCGCGCUAAUCAUUCUUACGCCGGUGAUGACCCUAUGAUUCUCAAACUACUAGACUCUGUUUUCGCAGAGAAUUAUCCAACAGACUUCUUCGAUCUCGGGCCGUAUGUCAAAGAAGUGGAUAAUCGACGGCCAAUCGUGAAGGCAAAUGAUCGCGAUGCCAACAACGUCUGGAAACCGAUAGGAGGCCUAGUUGCCCUAUUCGGUGAGCAUAGCGGCCCUGUAAACCGGGUAGUUGUAGCCCCAGAUCAUUCAUUCUUCGUUACGGGCUCCGACGACGGGACCGUCAAGAUCUGGGACACUACCCGGCUUGAGAAGAACCUCACCCCUCGGUCUCGCCAGACUUACCGCCACUCUUCCGAAGCCAAGGUCAAAGCAUUGACUUUUAUCGAAAAUACGCAUACAUUCGUCAGCGGUGCGACCGAUGGUAGUAUUCACGCGGUCAAGGUUGAUUAUCACAAUUCCAGCGGCACAGUACGGUACGGAAAGCUCCAGUUAGUACGGGAAUAUCAGCUAUCAACGGCCGAUGACGGGACCGUUGAACAUGCCAUUUGGUUAGAGCACUUUCGAGUCGACGCCCAGUCAACGCUGCUCAUCGCGACAACCAUGUGUCGAAUCAUUGCUCUGGACAUGAAGACCAUGCUUCCGCUCUACACACUCCAGAACCCAAUCCAUCACGGAACCCCUACGACAUUCUGCUGCGACCGUAAGCACAACUGGCUCCUUGUUGGUACGACACACGGCAUCCUCAAUCUCUGGGAUCUUAGAUUCCAGGUCCGGCUGAAAGCUUGGGGUCUUCCAGGCUCGGGCCCUAUCCACCGACUACAAGUACAUCCAACCAAGGGCCGUGGACGAUGGGUAUGCGUGUCCGGGAGCGGCAGCCACGGAAACGAAAUCACCGUCUGGGACAUUGAAAAGGUCAAGUGCCGAGAGGUAUAUCGAGCAGACACCCCGGGACCCACCCCUUCCGCCAACGGCGCCUCCGAAACCCACCGACUGAAGCAAGCCCAUCUAAGCACAAAGGAAUACGAAGCCUGGCACGUAGAAGGCGACCGUCCCGAGGGCAUGCUCAGCCGCUUCGCAACAGACGGCCCCUCAUCCGUCGAACAUCCCUCGGGCCCCUCGCCCACAGCCACCCCAUCCGGAAUCUGCACCUUCGCCGUCGGCUUCGACUCGCCGGACGACGGACGAGACAACACCACCCGCUGCGGCUUUAUCAUCUCCGGCGGCUGCGACCGCAAGAUCCGAUUCUGGGACCUCGCGCGCCCAGAGCUUUCAUCUAUCGUCAGCGGGCUCGAUCCCGUCACUGAUGGGGUUGCGACGCCGACACCCCGCUACGAUCUGUCACAGCCCAGUCCGUCUCUCCUCGUGACGACCGAACACCUCCCCAGCGCAGCUGCGACCACCAGCGGCUCAAAGGGUGCGGGGAAGAGAGGUGGUGGGAGCGGCCGGUUACCGCGGAGCACGGUCAUUAGUCUCCAGCAGCAACAGCUCCUGAAAAGCCACUUGGACUUUAUUCAGGAUAUCGCGGUCCUGCGGGUUCCGUAUGGCAUGGUUAUCAGCGUUGAUCGGGCGGGCAUGGUUUAUGUUUUCCAGUAA